AUGGUGAAUGCCAGUGCGACAGUCAUCAUGCAGGACCAGCUUGUGAACAUGACAAAUUCGAGAUCCUUCACAACAGCGACUUUCAAUUCCAGGUGUCUGCCGGCCACUACCAGUACUUUCGGGUUCAUGUGCCACCACGCUUUCCGGGAGGGUAUGUCAAGGUAUGACUUGAGCAAUUUCGAUGACUGGGUCAACCACCGCUUGCGCACGGUCUUGAAAUUCAAGGUCGAAGCGCUUGGAGGAUUCGGAGAUUCAACUGCAGGCCCUGCAGCCUAUGACAACUCGGAAUCUCUCGACUUGGGUGGACGACCGUCAACAAUUGGCGAUGGAAUGGUAGAAGCACCGCCUCUGGCAUCCAUUGCUCCGAACAAGGGGCCUACAGCUCUUCCGCGGCGAAGGCUGACCCAGCAGGUCAAUGCCAGCAUGGCCCGACGGCUUUCUGACGGUGCGUGUCCGCAAGCACCAAAGCUGACCAAUCCGUCCUGCUUCGUUCCUCAUUUCUUGCACUGCCAGGAUGUCUGCAUGAAGUGCUUGCAAUGUGCCCAAAGUGAGGACAAGCAACCAUGUAGCGAAUCCUGCCAAGACUGCUCUCAACCUGCGUGUAGUCAGAGUCUUGCAGCAUGUGCUAGCGACAUCAGCUGCUCUGGCCCAGAAGCACAGGAAUGUGAGGUGGGCUGCGGCAGCUGCAUGAGCUGUUUAGACAGCACAGAUGAACGGUGCAAACUCUGCCACUGCUGCUCUGGCUGCUUACCACUGGCAGCCAAGUGCAUGUACAACGGUGCUUCGGAGACACGCUAUGUCUUCGUGGGAGUCUUGCACCACAGGCGCUACAAGCUUGACAGGGGCUACAUUGCUGCGUCGGCAGAUGUUUCUUUGGUUGAGGAUGCGAGCUUCACUAGCUCAGAAGAAAGUUGGACGGCUCGGCUGUACAAUCCGUUUCAAGAUCUGAGAAGUGUGGAAAUGACGCACAACAAGGAAUAUCCAAGUGGGGAGCAGUUCAUGUACACCAUGGAUAUUCGUCAGGCAGCAGUUGCUCACUUGCAGGUGCGCUUGUUCAGAGAUCGAAUGACGCUCCUCCAUCUACGGAAUAUUCACCAGUUGCGCAGCAUGCAGUUGGCCUUCCUAUCAGGGCCACAGAUCUCCCACGGUUCUGCGCAGAUCACUGUGAAGUCCGAUGGGGAACAAGAAGGGACAUCUGCGCCGAGUGGAGAUCGUCCUGUCGCAGACGUGGUUGUAGAGAUGUUUGACUUGGACGUCACAGGUUGUGGGAAUGUCGCAGGUCAAAGUGAACUGCACGAGUUGUCAAUCCAGGAUGCGGUAGGCCGUCUAGGUCACGAGAGCCGGACAGUUGAAGACCAGUAUCUGCACAGAGGAGGUGCGAGCGAAGUCACAGGGGAUGGUUCUGCAACUUUGAGACUCUUCAUUCCGGGUCCUUCAAGCCCAAGUGGACGAGGACGCUGGCUACGAGCAAGCGGUGAUGUUUUGGAGAGCCAAGGGAUGGAAGAGAUGGUCACACACCUCAGCAUGAAAGCUAGACGACAACGCGAGGCAGAGCGUACCUGGCGAAAGGAGGGCCACAACUGGAGCCCAGAGCCUUUCCUUUCCAAUGGAGAGAUCAUCCCUAACUUGAAGCAUGGAACCAAUAUCCUGCUGAACGGAGCAACAGAAUUCCCGCCGUGGAAAGACAUUCGACCAGAACAUGCCCAUCGUGGUCAUGAGUGGAUGGAAAAGAAUGCAAUCAACGAUAUUUGGCAGCAUCACUGCGUUGUGCCUUACGUGUCUGAUGAUUGGAGAUACGUUUUGGAUCCCUUGGAGCGUGUGCUGGACAAAGUCGAACGGGCCUUUGCGACUGUAACUCACAUCAAAAAUGUUCUGGACCCAUCAGUGAAGUUCAGUAAGGCAUACAGAUAUUCUGCACAAGCUCGCUGGACCAUCGAACGCCGCCUGCGUCGAUGUGACAGGUUUUCCCGUGCUUUCCUCCGUCUUCUGUCUCAUGACGAUAACGCAACUGAAGCCCAGAGGCGAGCAGCGGCGUUUCUCAUGAUUUCAUUUGAGCAAGAUGGAGUCAAUCUACAACAUAAUGGCAUCUACAGGGAUGAUCCAGAUGCCUUCCUUGAGCUGCACAAGGCUCGCGGGGCCAUCUUCAACAUAUCCCUGAUAUGGGAUCAAAAUGUUGAGCGAGACAUGGAGACCAGGGCGUAUUUGAUCAGAGACAGGCGCGAGCUUGAAGGGGUGCCGGAAUGGGUCCUGCAGGAUGCCACGCAGGCCGCCCUGCAAGCUGGAUACCCCAAAGCGACCCGUGAAAGGGGUCCCUGGCUACUGUCCUUGCAUGAUGCUGUGGCCGAGCCUGUGUUGCGAACGGCUGACAGCAGAGAAUUGCGAGAGCUCGUUCAUGAGAAUCGAAAGCGGAUUGCGUUUCUUGGUGGUGCCGGAAAGGGGGACAACACCCCGAUGCUGGAGCACUUGCUGCAGUUCCGGCGACGCCUGGCAAACGUUGUUGGCUACAGGACUCACGCGGACGUUGUUUUUACCAGGACCAUGGCAAGCCCAAAGCAGGCUUAUGGCCUCCUGGCAAAGCUUCGAAAGGAGGCCCUUCCAGUAGCCCAGGCAGAGCUCAAGGAGUUGCAAGCCUUGGCUCGAUCCCAAGGUGCUGAGUACGAAUUGGAUCACUUCGACAUAGACUACUGGGGAAGCAAGCUGAUGGAGCAGCGUUAUGGGCUGCGAGACGAAUAUGUGCGCCAGUUUUUCCCCCUCUCUUCCGUACUCAAAGUCUUGUUUGCGCUGGUCGCGGACCUUUUCAACGUCAAGGUCACGGAGGAAGCCAGUGAUUUGACGUGGGCAAAACAUGUGCGGCUGUUUCGCAUCACAGAAGCUGACAGCGGUGAUUUGGUUGCCUCCUUUUUCCUGGAUGCACACAGGAGAUGGGGUCAGAAGAAGAGAGGCUUCUGGGUCUCGCCAAUACAGGGUUACUCGGAGAUCUUGGGCAACAGGUUCGGACCGCGCAGGCCCGCUGUGAACAUCAUGUGCGACUUGGAGCCUCCCGAAGAUGACAUGCCCAGCUUGCUGACACAUGGGGAGGUGGUGAAGCUUUUCCAUGUGUUCGGAUCAAGUCUACGUGAUCUCUUCUGCGAGCAACCUGAGGGUUUGCUGUCUGGAAGCACGGGGCUUGAAAUGGAUAUCAUUGAGCUGCCUGCCUAUUUUCUUGAGAGAUGGGCUUAUGAUAGACAAGUGUUGUCCGAGAUGAGCUGUCACUACCAAAAUGGUGAUGCUUUGCCGCCUGCUGCGGUUGACGCUUUAGCUGACUCCAGAAACUUUCUGGUCGGAAUGCGUAUCCUGCGGCGGGCUGCCAGGGCGCAUAUUGAUUUAGAACUCCAUGCCGACUAUGAUCCUUUUGGGGACCUAAAUGUCUUCGACCUUGCAAAGCUUGUUGAAGCUGAAUACUCUGUUCUGCGCCCGAGGGUGCAAGACCGAGAGCUUUGCAGCUGGCCUUUCAAUACUGACAAUGCGGGAGCCCUGUUUGGCCAGCUUUGGGCCGAGGCACUUGCUGCAGAUGUCUUCUCAAUCUUCGAAAAGGCUGAACAGACCAGGGAGCAAAGACGUUUUCUAGGGGAGCGCUUCCGGCGAAGCAUCCUGCAGCCAGGAGGCGGGCGUGCCCCAGGCAAAGCACUUCAAGAAUUCCUAGGUCGACCUCCUGCAUUUACAACCUUCCUGGAGCAUGCUGGUUUGGACAAUUCUACCGUCUCUGACGAGCCCAUGCAGAUUUACGAGGAAUACAGCGAGGAUGCAGAGUUCGAGGAUGAUGACACAUAUGCUGAGUUCGAGGAUAUGUAUUCCGAACCAGAACAAGGCGGAUCGGCUGGAGAGAGUGGUGAGCAUGCUUGCAAAGCAGAAUCAAUUUGGCCCCCUGAGCGCGCUUGGCGAUACCAUUUUGCCGAUGAAGCCGUCACCAACGCCACGCUGUGCAUCCGGCAUGUUGGCAGAAUUUGGCAGAGCAGUCAGCGAGCUUUAGCCAACAAGUUUCGGAUUCGUGAAAUGAAGGUUGAUGGAUGUGGUGACCGAUUCUUGCCAACCGCCAGCCUGGAGCAGUUCAAGGCGGAAGGGCCCUGGGGUUUCGAAGAAGUCUCGGAGCUUUCAGUGACCCAGAUGCUGAAGGUAGCUCUGGAUAUUCUUGGUCUCAUUACUCUUGGAAGGCAAGUUGUCCUGAUCGCCUCGGCGGCAUGCAGCAGGACUUCAAGACCAUCUCGGUCCAGCCGGAACGUUUUGCCGCCGUCGGAAGUGGUGCACAGCGAGUGCCAAACGAUGAAGUGGGAAGGGCUUUGCAGCAGGUGUGAGAAGAUGUCGCGCGAUAUGGAACAGGUAGUUGCCGAUCUGCGGGCAGAGCAGAAGAAAUGUGGCGACCAGCAGAUUGAGGCCCAAGAGACUCGGUGUCAACUGGUUGCUGCCCGUGAGCGCUUGAUGGAGCUGGGACACGAAGCCAGGGUUCACAAGGCGCAGAACGAUGUCCAGGUUGGCCAGCUGGAGCGUGCUUUGAAAGAACGCAAUGCCAUCGAGACGGAUCGAAGACGAGCAGAGUCGAAACUGAAGGUUCUGGAAACGCAGCGAGACGUGGAUUUUCAGACACUGCAGGAACUCCAGAACGAAAUCACAGGGCUUAGGUUGCAGCUUUCUGCCAAGGUGGCAGCUGCAGAAGAGCUCCAAGAGCAGACUCAGCUUUUGAAGCAGUCUAUGGUAUCCACGCCGAAUGACAAAGACUCUGGCACCAGUGCCGUCUGGCAAAAAGCACGUGCAUUUGAGGAAAGGAUCCGCGAAAAACAGGAAGCAAGAGAGGUCUCAUCUCCUAAGAUGACCCCUCAGGACUGCAAGGAACACGCAAAGGAUGCAAAGGAGACGGAAGCUGGGGUGCCCUCAGUGCAGGCCCGAGAGUCCCGGGAGUCCCGGGAGGUUGGCAAGCCGCGGAGUCCCAACUCCCAGAUGCGUGAGAAACUUGCCAAGGCCAGGAGCCGGAUCGAGAGGCUCGCCGAGGUGAAGGAUGUGGAGCCUGAGACUGAGCCAAAGCUAGGAUGCGAGCAGCCUGCUUGCGAGAGCGGCUUCGAGGUUGAAGGAGAAGAGCGAACGCCAGAUCCGCCAUCAAGUGCCUCCUCAGCUAGCAACUCUACGGCCAGCCUUUCACCUCGCCUAUCGCCGGACAACAAUUGGCGCGGUUCGGAGUCUGGAGAGUGUGCUGAAGCAUGCUCGAAGGGAGCUGCGCCAUGCCUUCCUGAGCUGCAGCUUGGAGUUCUUCACCAGGACGGUACCUGA